UUACAGAUGCCGCCAUCAUCUGGGAAUGAAACGCUAUCAGAAACUGCAGCGACUCAGCUCCUCGAUUUUUCCCAGAGACUUGACAUCGCUCUCCUCGAUCGGGUAGUUAAUUGCAUGUACCGCGACAGUGGUCAACAGCAAAAACUUGCUGAAAAGAUAUUAAAUACCCUCAAGGAGCAUCCAGAUGCAUGGACUCGAGUCGAUUCCAUUUUAGAAUAUAGUACAAAUCAGGAGACUAAAUAUUUUGCCCUCCAGAUAUUAGAGGCCCUUAUCAAAACAAGAUGGAAAGUCCUCGCUCGUCCACAAUGCGAAGGCAUCAAGAAGUACAUCGUUGGCCUUAUAAUACACACUUCAUCUAAUGCCGAUUUGAUGGAGAGUGAAAAGACCUAUAUUGGCAAGCUGAAUAUGAUCUUAGUCGAGAUUCUAAAACACGAGUGGCCUAAUAACUGGCCAUCUUUCAUCACUGAUAUUGUCGGUGCUAGCAAGACGAACGAAGCCUUAUGUCAAAAUAAUAUGGUAAUCCUGCGAUUGUUAAGCGAGGAAGUUUUUGACUUUUCCCUUGGACAAAUGACUCAGAAUAAGGCGAAGCACUUGAAAGACUCUAUGUGCCAGGAAUUUGGCCUAAUAUUUCAACUAUGUCUGUUCGUCCUCGAAAAUUCUCAAAAUGCUCCACUUGUCGCAGCCACCCUGGAAACCCUGCUUAGGUUUAUGCAUUGGAUUCCUCUCGGCUAUAUAUUUGAGACUAACCUUAUCAGCACACUAGUUCAAACAUUCUUGAGUGUUCCACUUUUUCGCAAUGUCACACUCAAAUGCCUUUCAGAAAUCGCUGGUAUUAUGUCCGAUGACUACAGCGCUAAAAUCAUAGAAUUAUUCGUUACAACGACUCAAAAGUUGCUUGAGAUGUUACCUCUUACAACGCGCAUAGACAAAUCGUACGAGCAGGGAACAGUGGAUGAGCAAAAUUUUAUACAAAAUCUAGCAAUUUUUUAUUGCACCAUAUUGAGGAACCACAGUGCGGUGCUUGAGAAAGGUGAAGAACAAAGUUCAGCACUUUGCGACGCAUAUCAAUAUUUGCUUUUAAUAUCAGAGGUCCCUGAGCGUGAGAUUUUUAAGAUAUGCUUGGAAUACUGGAAUAUGUUUGUUGCUGAGCUCUAUAGGCAAAGUUCAUUUCAUAUGGUUCCUUUUUCAUCUCAAGACCAGGAUGGUCGACCAAAACGCUUUGAUUCAGUUUGUUACAAGCUCAGAAGGAUUAUUAUUUCCCGAAUGGCGAGACCUGAAGAGGUUUUGGUAGUAGAAAACGAGCAUAAUGAGGUUGUCCGUGAAUUCAUGAAGGAUACUGAUAGUCUUAACUUGUACAAAAAUAUGAGGGAAACGCUCGUCUACCUUACUCAUCUUGAUUACGCCGAUACACGGAAGGUAAUGAUUGAGAAGCUCCAAUGUCAAGUUGACGGAUCGGAAUGGUCUUGGCAUAACUUGAAUACCAUAUGUUGGGCUAUCGGCAGCAUCUCAGGCGCAAUGCAAGAGGAUGAUGAGAGAAGCUUUUUGGUUGUCGUUAUUCGUGAUCUUCUUGGUCUGUGUGAACUGAAGAGAGGUAAAGAUAACAAGGCUAUUGUUGCCAGCAAUAUAAUGUAUGUUGUUGGCCAAUAUCCUCGCUUUCUUCGUGCUCAUUGGCGAUUUUUGAAAACUGUCAUCACCAAGCUCUUUGAAUUCAUGCACGAAACUCAUGAAGGUGUCCAAGAUAUGGCGUGUGAUACUUUUAUCAAAAUAGCACAAAAAUGUCGGCGGCAACUUGUGACUGUACAGUAUAGUGAAGUAUUUGGGUUCAUCGAGGAAAUUCUUCGUGAUAUUGACAUGAUUAUAAGCGAUCUUCAGCCUCAACAGAUUCACACAUUCUUCGAAGCAGUUGGUCUAAUAAUCAGCGCUCAAACAGAUCCAGAGGUUCAAGCUAAGGAAAUUGAGCAGCUGUUUAUGCUUCUUAACCAGAUAUGGGAUAGCAUCUUAUCACGUGCCGCCUCAGACAUGGACUCUCUUAAGGAUAUUGAAGUUGUUAAACAGCUUUGCAGCAUCCUUAAGACGAAUUAUAGCGCCUGUAAAUCUCUUGGACAGCCUUACCUAGUACAGGUAGGUGGAUGA